GUUCUCCCUGCCCGCCGCGGAGCCCCCAAGAUCCCGCCCCCCCCCCAAACCAGGGAGCUGCUGGCCAGGGGUCAGGAGUCUGUGGGAGCUGAGGGCGGGCACCCCCCACGCUCCACCAGGAACCCUCAGGACAUGAGGGUCAUAGGCCUCCCUUUUCUUCCUGUUCCUGUUUGCCCUGAAUGCCCCCACCCCAGCCGUGCUGGUCGCCAGGCCUGACUGUCUCAAGGAUCCAAUCUGAAAAGAUGCAGGCGGGUGGUAGCUGCCGCCCAGAACGGAGGCCGGGUGUGUGGGGGCCUUGGGCUUGGGUGGGUGGCAGGCCCCUUCCGGCUGGCCCUCUGCCCUCCCUCCCUCCCUCUGGCUCUGCCCAGCCCCUGCCAAUCUGUGAACCUCCCAGGAGCCUCUGCACCCCCUGAGUCCCCUGGGAGGCCCUGGGAAGAACAGCCAGCAGUAAGGAAUCCCGGAAGCCCUUCUGAGGGAGACCUCUCCAGGGACCCCCCCCGCCCAGGAAGAGAUCACCGCAAACGCAGGUGCAGGAGCCCCUCAUGGAGCUCUUGGGCACGCCACCCCUGCAAGAGGUCCCCGGGGAAGAGUCCCUGCCUGAGGACUCAGGCCUGCAGGUGACGCCCAGCACGCACAUUCUCUACGUGGGCCACCUGAACCCCCAGUUCUCAGUGCCUGUGCUCACCUGCCUGCUGCGAGACGCCCUGGAACGGCUGGGGCUGCCGGUGGCACGGGAGCACAUCGAGGUGGUGAGGCGACCACGGAAGGCCUACGCACUGGUGCAGGUGACCACCCACAGGGACAGCCUGGCCUCCCUCCCCUGGCGCCUGCAGACGGCCGUGGAGGAGCACCAGAUCCUCAAGGAGCUGGUGGCCCGCGGGAAGGAGCUGGUGUUGGGUGUCGGCCGAGGGCCCCCGCACGGCAGAGAGCGGGAGGACGACAGCAGCCGGAGCCCGAGCCCCAGCCCUGCCAACAGCCUCCCGGCACGGGCCCCGCAGAGGUCCCAGGACCGGCCCAGCAGCGCACGCUCCGACAGCGCCAUCGUGCACCAGGAGGUCCCGGGCCAGGAGCGCCUCUUCCAGGGCGCCUUCCUGGGCAGCGAGACGCGCAGCGUGGAGUUCAAGCGCGGCGGCGGCGAGUACCUGAGCCUGGCCUUCAAGCACCACCUGAGGCGCUACGCGUGCGCCUUCCUCAACGGCGAGGGCGGCAGCCUGUUGGUGGGCGUCGAGGACAGCGGCCUGGUGCGGGGCGUCCCCUGCAGCCACCGCGACGAGGACCGCGUGCGCCUGCUGGUGGACUCCAUCCUGCAGGGUUUCCAGCCCCAGGUCUUCCCCGAUGCCUACACACUCUCCUUCAUCCCCGUGGUCAGCCCCAUCGCCUCCACCACCCCCCUCAAGGUGAUCCGCCUGAGCGUGCACGCCCCCAGGGCCCAGGCCGAGCCGCAGCUCUAUGAGACUGACCAGGGGGAGGUGUUCUUGCGGCGGGACGGGAGCAUCCAGGGCCCGCUGUCUGUCCACGCCAUCCAGGAGUGGUGCAAGCAGAAGUGGGUGGCGGAGUUGCGCACGCUGCAGGAGAGGGUGAAGGUGCUGACGGCGGAGAAGGAGCAGCUCUGGCAGCAGCUGAAGCAGCAAGGACCCGGCUCCCGAACCUGCUGCGUCCUGUGAGGGCCCGGGUCGGCGAGCAGGGCCGGGCACCGGCAGGCCAGCUCUCCCUGGCAGAUGCAGGAUUUCCUGUCUGAGCCGAAGUCCUCCCUUUAAAACCCGUCUGGGCUGUUCAGAGGUGGACGGGAGCGCGACCAUCCUCGCUCCUUCGACAACCGCACACGCACGGGCUUCAAUCCCGAGCGGACCCCCGUCUGUGUAGCUGAGAAACUGCUCUUAGCACGAUCCCCAAGGAACCUUCCUUCUGGAAAGAACUGGUAAAAAUUUGGCCAGGGCGAUCGGAGGGCUGAGCUGUGAGGGACGGUCCUACUUCCUCAGAAGCUCCCUUUGCCCAGCCCGGGGUCUGCGACUCCAGUGGCGAGACGGGGCCAGAAAGGAAUGCGUCAUACGGGGAAAGCCCUUCUGCAGAUGGCCAGGCACGCUCGGUAACCGUGCCUGUAGGGCAAACAGGCCACCCUGCAGCCACCACCCCGGGCUUGCUGGAACUUGUGACUGUCAAAGCUCUUUAAUAAAUUACAUGCACCCUG